ACCGUUGAUUUGGAGGGUGCUGUUGGUGUUCUUGUCGCCUGCGGAGGGGAGUGGCUGACGCCGCGGUCUUGUUUGAAGAGGUUCCGUCCGAGAUCCGGCGAAGAUGCAGCAGGAUCAGCGCAAGAAGAGUUCCGCGGAGGCCGAGUUUUUCACGGAGUAUGGCGACGCAAGUCGAUACAAGAUCCAGGAAAUCGUUGGCAAGGGCAGCUACGGUGUCGUGUGCUCUGCAAUAGAUGUCCACACCGGAGAGAAAGUGGCGAUAAAAAAGAUACAUGAUAUCUUUGAGCACAUCUCUGAUGCUGCGCGGAUUCUCCGCGAGAUCAAGCUUCUUAGGCUCUUGAGACAUCCUGACAUUGUUGAGAUAAAGCAUAUCAUGCUACCGCCAUCGAGAAGAGACUUCAAAGAUAUAUAUGUUGUUUUCGAGCUCAUGGAGUCUGAUCUCCACCAAGUUAUAAAGGCCAACGAUGACUUGACCAAGGAGCAUUACCAGUUCUUUCUUUACCAGUUACUCCGGGCUCUCAAGUACAUUCACACUGCUAACGUUUAUCACCGGGACCUAAAGCCAAAGAAUAUACUGGCAAAUUCUAACUGCAAACUGAAAAUUUGUGAUUUUGGAUUGGCACGAGUUGCAUUCAAUGAUACCCCGACAACAAUCUUUUGGACGGACUAUGUUGCAACAAGAUGGUAUAGAGCUCCAGAGCUCUGCGGGUCUUUCUUUUCAAAGUAUACACCAGCUAUUGAUGUCUGGAGCAUUGGAUGCAUCUUUGCUGAGGUUUUGACAGGGAAACCUUUGUUUCCUGGUAAAAAUGUUGUACAUCAGUUAGAUUUGAUGACAGAUCUUCUGGGCACACCGUCCAUGGAUACAAUUUCUCGGGUCCGGAAUGAGAAAGCAAGGAGGUAUCUGAGCAGCAUGAGAAAGAAAGAGCCAAUUCCAUUUUCGCAUAAGUUCCCUAAUGCAGAUCCUUUGGCCUUAGACCUUUUGCAAAGGCUUUUAGCAUUCGAUCCGAAGGACCGCCCAACCGCUGAAGAGUCACUGUCUCAUCCCUACUUCAAAGGGCUUGCCAAGAUUGAGAGAGAACCAUCCUGCCAACCAAUCACAAAAAUGGAGUUCGAGUUUGAGCGUAGAAGAGUAACAAAAGAUGAUAUAAGGGAGCUUAUCUUUCGUGAAAUACUGGAAUACCAUCCACAAUUGCUCAAAGACUACACCAAUGGCACUGAGAGGACAACCUUUCUAUACCCAAGUGCCGUUGAUCAAUUCAGGAAGCAAUUUGCUCAUCUCGAAGAAAAUACUGAAAAUGGCCCUGUAGUUCCAAUGGAUAGAAAGCACACCUCUCUUCCUAGGUCUACUAUAGUUCACUCAGCUCCAAUUCAUGGCAAGGAACAACCCCGUAUUGGCCCAUCACGGGAUAAACCUUUGUCUGAGGAGUCUUAUAGAAAUUCUCGAGAUUCAGAAAUAUAUUCUGCCAAUCUCCAGAGGACCUCACAGGCUCCACAAAGAGUGCCAACAGCAAGACCUGGAAGAGUUGUUGGUCCAGUUCAGCCUUAUGAAAAUGGUAGCAUCAAUGAUCCAUAUGACCCACGAAGAGUGGUAAUGAACUCAGGCUAUCCUCCCCAACAACAAAUCCCACAAACAUACGGUUAUUAUCAGACGCCAGCAAAGUCAGCUUGCUCUGAGCCGUUGCAGGCUGAAAGGUAUACGCUGCACCAGCAGGCCUAUGCUUGUGCAAACAGUUCAACUGUGCCCGAUGUUGCUCUGGACAUGAGAGCACCCCCUUUCCAUCAAUCAUCAGGGCCGAAAAGGGGUUCUUCCGAUAGGUUGUCAGCAGAGACAAACCUAUACACGAGAUCCCUUAACGGCAUUGCUGCAACUACAUCAGGAGUGGCGGCAAGUGCUCACAGAAAGGUCAGCGUUGUUCCCUAUGGCAUGUCGCAGAUGUAUUAGUGGUCAAAAUCAUGAUACAUCUGACAUGCCUUUCUGGAGCUAUGCUGCUGGCCAGUGGAGAAACAGUGAGAAACAAACAACGCAUCAAGCUAGGGUGGAUGCGGCGAAGUUCACAGCGCAGGGCAGCUCAGGGUUCAUGAUAUUUGCAGUGUUGCCCUGCUUCUUGUAUUCCCUGUCUGAUAAGGAUGCACAUCCAACCGUGUUCAACUUCUUCGCGCUGUUUGGGCCAUCAGCUUGUAUCUGCCUGUGUGCCCUUUCGCCACAAUGAAGGGGGUAGUCCAGUGGCUUGUAAUCUGAGCAAUUUAGGCGCCAAAUAUUUUUCUAGAGUGAGGAGACAGAAGGGAAAGGAAGGAAUACUAACCCAUUUGCGGUUGUAUAGAGAUGUUUGUCAUCAAUGUGCAACUUCAGAAAGAUAUAAACUUACAAAACACACAGUUGCUUGGCUUC